UUUAUUGGCGCGUGCACAACACGUACUAGAUUUUCCUUAUAAUUUUGUUUCAGGCUACAAACUCAGAGAUAAGUCCCAGAUCCAUAUUCAAACUUGUGGCAUCCAAACAACCUCUAUUUUUUCUCCUAAAAAAAUCCCAAAUUUCCUUUUUCUUGUUAAACUUCGAAAAUUCUGAUAAAAAUUAUUAUGAGGUAUGUAAACAAUAAACUUCAGGUUAAUAAUAUCGUUGCAUUUGCAGAUGGCAGGCAAUGAUAACUCCCCUUCUAAGGAUUACUACAAAAUUUUGGAAGUUGAUUAUGGUGCAACUGAUGAUAAUAUCAGGUUAAAUUACCGGAAGCUUGCACUGAAGUGGCAUCCAGAUAAGCACAAGGGCGAUAGUGCUGUUACCUCUAAGUUCCAAGAGAUAAACGAAGCUUACAAUGUGUUAAUCGAUCCCGAGAAACGCUUUGAGUAUGAUUUAACUGGAAUAUAUGAGAUUGAUAAGUAUACCUUAGGGGAAUAUCUUGCCAGAUUUAAAGGAAUGAUUCUUACCUGCAAUGGGCUUGGCAUUAGUCAUACAUCAACAUGGGCACAACAAACAGGAACAAAUGAAUUUGCUGAAGAAGGUUAGCUCUUAUUUACAAUUUACAAAGAUUGUCAUGCUUGUCUCUCAGAACUAUUGGUGAAUUUAAGAUGCCAAUACCCUAUGAGUGUCGGGGCCACUGUCUGAGUAUCGAUUCCGGUCUUUUUAUCUACUUGUCAAACCCGAAAAUGUAUGUGGUCUUCUUUGUACAUUUAAUCGAAACUAGGCUUCCUCAAAAGUAAAAGAGAAUUGUCAUGGUGAUGUGUUGGAAUGAGGCAUGAUUUUUGAUAACAUAACUGAAUGUAUAUUUGAAAUAUAUAAUUUAAACGUGCCAUUGUAAUUAUAUAAAAUAUCAUUUAGUAAUUUAUUAAGCAUUGAUAGCUUGCAAGCAAAGGAAACAAUCUAUGCCAUAUACUGCCGUUGAUGA